AUGUAAUGUAGAAUGUACAGAGUGGUCUGCUCUGUUACGCGUAUAGAUUUUUUUGCUGUCAAAUUAUAGAAAAAAUACAUAUUUAAUAUUUUUAUGUACUCACACUCAAAUUAAAAAUGGAUUUAUUAAAUAUUGCAAUCAAUUACAUUGUAUUUUGUCGACGAUUUAACGAAAAGAAAUUCGCAAAGCAACAAUCGACUGUUUUCGGCCAACUACUAUGGAAAUGAAAAAUUCAAUUUGAGCUUUUUAGAAUUAUUGAGUUCCAAGAAAAAUGGUUGAUGAAAAGGUUUACAUUAGUGAUUUGUCUUACCCCUUAGAAGAACAAAAGAAAUGUCUGGUCUACAGAAUAUUUGGGCAGGUUCCAGCGCGCCUCGUACUGUACCUUCUAUCAUGGUCUGGUUUUUUGGUUUCUUUCAUGAUGCGAAAUGACAUAAAUAUCGCCAUUGUGGCAAUGGUGAAACAACCUCCUAGACAAAUUACAAAUUCAACAAACGAAUAUUGUUUUAUCAUAGAAGAUUUUAAUUCCAGCAUAGCUCAAAUGGAUUACGGAGGAACUCUUCAAUGGACAAGCAAAGUACAAAGUUACAUUCUGGCAUCCUUUUACUGGGCGUACAUUAUAUCUCAAAUAGUAGGGGGUUUAGUUACACAGAAAAUGGGUACCAAAAAAGUUUUUGGAUAUGCUCAACUAAUCACUGCCCUUUGCAGCAUUUGCAUUCCUUGGGCUAGUGAAACGCAUUUUGGUUUCGUUAUUGGUUUAAGAUUCAUGCAGGGAUUCGCAUCAGGUUUAACUUGGCCUGCCAUGUACGCCCUUGUAGGUCAUUGGAUCCCUGUUCCGGAAAGAAGCAGGUUUAUGUCGAGUUUUCAAGGUUUUAGUAUCGGUAUUGGCAUAACGUAUCCACUUUGCGGUUUCCUAAUAGCCCAUCUUGGUUGGCGUUCAGUUUUCUACACUACAGGUUCCAUUGGUAUAAUUUGGUGUUUAAUAUGGUAUUUGUUAGCAUUUGAUAGUCCAGAAACUCAUCCUAGAAUCAGCUUGAGAGAACAGCAGUAUAUCAAAGAGAACACCAGCAUCAGUUAUGAAGUUUCUAAAACGCAAGUUGUUCCAUGGAAAUCCAUUUUCAAAUCACUUCCUGCUUGGUCCAUUGGAAUAACAACUUUUGGAAGAAUAUGGGUACAUUAUAUAUUUAUUGUAUCAGGGCCAACGUAUAUGAAGAGUAUUCUUGGAUUUAACAUAGAAAAGAAUGGUAUACUAUCAGGAGCGCCAUUCAUUUGCAGUUAUGUCGCUUCAGUAUUGUUUUGUUAUAUAGCUGAUAAAUUGGUAACAAAACGUUACAUGUCACUGACAAAUGUUCGCAAAUUGAUGACUGCCUCUUCUCAAGUACUGCCUGGCAUUUUGGUUUUACUUAUUAGUUAUUUGGGAUGUGAUAUAGAGCUGGUGCUCGUUGUUUGGUUCACUGCCGUUACCCUUAUUACAGCAUCAUAUGCGGGAGCUAUGGCCAAUGUAGUGGAUAUAGCACCCAAUUUUGCGGGUCCAGUACUAGCAUUUGCUCAAACAAUUCAUAUGACCGCAAGUUUUCUUAGUCCUUUGGUAGCAUUCCAUAUGUUAGAAGGUCAGGAGCAAAAUAUGUCAGCAUGGAGAAAUGUGUUCUAUGUUACAGCUUUUAUAGCUUGUUCAACAUACAUUAGUUUUCAUAUCUGGGGGACAGGAGAAGUACAAACGUGGAACUACAAUAAUCUUAAUAUAAAAUUACCAGAACAAGAAGAAUUAAUUAACGACAAACUCGCAAAAAAACCAGUACUUAAAAGUAACACCCAAAUAGAUCAAAAUACAUCCAGUUCAAAUACAGUAUUAUAAAUGUGUUUAGCCUUAGAUAUAAAGUUACAUUACCUACUUUUUUAGAAAAUAUAUUUUAUUCUACAUAAAUAAAUAUUAGAAUAUACUUAGCUAUGCUGGAUGUUAAAUAAUUGUUAAAAUUAUAAACUUCUUUGCCU